AUGUCAUCUCCAAAACACCUUCGUAUUGGCGUAUUCAAUCCAGCUGGAUGCCAGCUUCUUGAUAUGUCAGGUAUUGACAUUUUUUUCAUGCUUUCACCAGAAUAUCUUUCUGAAUGUGGGUUACCGCCCCCAUUGAUCGGACUUGGGAUUAGUUGUACGAUAUACUAUAUAUCUCUUCCUUCCACAGGGCCCGAAGUGAGAUUGACAGCUAACGCUAUGCUUCGAAUAUCGAAAACUACAAUAGACAAUGAAGUGCAGCCAGGUAUGUUGGACAUCGUGAUGGUUCCGGGACCAGAUCCUAGAACAGUAUUGGAUCAAGACACACGAACAUUUUUGAAAUCACACGCGGAGUGGAGGGGAGAGAAUGGAGAGAAGGUUGAUAUCUUAAGCAUCUGCACGGGAAUUUUCUUAGUGGCUCAAAGUGGCAUUUUGAAAGGAUUGAGUGCUAGUGGACCAAGAGCUCUAAUUCCGCGGCUGAAGAAGGAGUUUCCGGACACAAAAUGGAUGAUGAUAGGAGGUGGGUUGUGGAUCAUAAUAUUUGGAGUAGUGAUAGGUGGCAUUACCAAUGGACUAGAAAUGAUUGCUGCAUAUAUAAGACAAAAGUUCCCUGGUCCAGCAGCAGAGGCAGUAAUGGCAAUGGCAGAUGUUGGAGAGAAAGGUGUCUUUUAUACAAAUGAAAAACGAAGGAAACGCUUUGGUGGUUAUGGCAGAUAUUGA